AUGGAUCCCAGUGCUCUACAAAACAUGGAUCGGGACGCAUUAAAGAAGCAAAUCGAGAAUAUGAAAUAUCAGGCCUCCAUGGAGCGCUGGCCGUUAUCUAAAAGCAUUGCUGAAAUGCGCUCCUUUAUUGAGGAGAAUGAAAAGAAUGAUCCAUUGAUUAAUGCGCCCGAUAAGAAGAACAAUCCGUGGGCUGAAAAGGGCAAGUGUAUCAUCAUGUAAUAUUAUCGCAAACCACAGAAAUACCGUAAUGAUGAACAUCCAACCAGCAACAACAACAACAACAACA